GGGCGCGUCAAUGCGCACUGGAGACUGGAGACGGAGCAAGGGCACCCAAACCAUCCGCCUCAUUUACAGACAGAGAGCCUUUUACCCCCCUCGAGAUCACUCGUCGGCUCGCUUUUCUUCCACUCUCCAGACACGGAAACUUCGUGUGAGAUACGAGGUUGGAUUAUUUUAUCCGAAAGGGAUUCGGCUACUAAAAUAGGUUACGAGCCUUCGGUUGCGUGGACGUAACCCGAGGGGUCUCUUCGCUUUCUCUCCGGCUUUUUCAGACGCAACUCAACUCGGGUGAGAGAUUCAGUCCUGGAUUUGCUCUCUGGCUCUAUGGACGAGGCUCAUUCUUGCCAGCAGACCACAUCCUUUGCAGACGAGUGGCAUAUUUAGACGAUAACGGAUAAAAAAUUUAAAAAAAAAAGCCUCCGCAAGCCUGCUGCUGGAGAGCCCUACUCUGCGCGGUCGGAUCAAGGAUUUUGUGGAUUAAUGCUCUUGAAGACACGGCGACGAGCUACGGUUUUCAUGGGAUAAUUGUGAUAGCGUUUUAGCCUUUUAAUUAGGCCCCAGUUUGUCUAAUUCCCACAGCUAAUGCGCAUAGGUAGGACAAUGUUUUGACAGUGUUUAUGUGCUGAAAACGGCCCGGAGUGUGUUUCAAAAAGCGGGUCAGUUCACGGCGCUUAGGCUGCACAUCACCAAGUGAAUAAUCGCUCCACAUUCAGGGCUACAUGCUGUGUUGUAGCUGAUUCCCCCUGUCGCUAUAGAGUAUAGAGUGUAUAAGCUGUAACGUUCAUUCUUAUAGCCCAGUCUUAAACGCAUGGAGGUGAUGGUUAUUUAUCCCCGGAGGACGAGCUGACUGUCCCGUGAACCUCGACUGCUUUUCGUUGAUCAAGUCUGCAGGAGAAGGCAACAGAGACUGGCGUAUGCUACAGAUUUCCUCUGCUUAUCCAGCUCCCAGUUUUUCCACCGUCUUUUCUCAGGCUGCUUGUCAUUGCCUGGACUCGGAUCCCGGAAUCUUCAUGAUUUGCGGACACCAUGCUCGUUUUUUAGCCGGGGAACCCUCUUUUCGUCCCGCAUGUUUAGGACCAAACGAUCGGGGCUCGUCCGGCGACUCUGGAGGAGCCGUGCGCCCGUGGAGGGCGACGGGGAGGCGGAUAGAGGGACGCAUGGCUCCGGGGGCUGCUGCAUGGGCAAAACGGCAAAGGUGGCCAAGUCCAACGCCGGGUCGGAGGCUGAAUUGAAGGCGUUGACCCACUCGAUACUGAAAAAGAUCAAAGAGAAACAAUUAGAGGUGCUUUUGCAGGCGGUGGAGUCCAAGGGGGGUGCCCGAAGCCCCUGCUUGCUCCUGCCCAGCAAAGUGGACGCCAAAGUGGGUCAACAGUCUUACUCUCUCCCCAUGCUGCUCUACAAAGUGUUCAGGUGGCCGGACCUCAGGCAUUCCUCGGAGCUGAAGAGGCUGUCUUGCUGUGAAUCCUACGGGAAAAUCAACCCAGAGCUCGUUUGCUGCAACCCGCACCACAUGAGCAGACUUUGUGAACUCGAGUCCCCUCCUCCUCCGUAUUCUCGCUACCCCAUGGACUAUCUUAAACCACCAGAUUCUCCAGACUCUGGACCUUCAUCCGGUGAUACUGGGGGAACGACAUACUCGGCCCCUGUGGGGCUUUCAGAUUCCCUGGCAUUGCAGGAGUCUGGCGAUCGGGCCCAUUGGUGCGUGGUGGCAUACUGGGAGGAGAAGACACGCGUCGGGCGCCUCUACUCAGUCCAGGAGCCCUCUCUGGACAUCUUCUAUGAUCUACCUCAGGGGAACGGCUUCUGCCUGGGCCAGCUCUGCUCUGACAACAAGUCCCAGCUGGUGCAGAUGGUGCGGGCCAAGAUUGGCUAUGGCAUCCAGCUGACGCGUGAGCCAGACGGGGUGUGGGUCUACAACCGCAGCUGCUACCCCAUCUUCAUUAAGUCGGCCACACUGGACAACCCUGACUCACGCACGCUGCUGGUGCACAAGGUGUUCCCUGGUUUCUCCAUCAAAGCUUUUGACUAUGACAAGGCCGGCAGCCUGCAGAGGCCGAACGACCACGAGUUCACGCAGCAGCCUCGCACGGGCUUCACGGUGCAAAUAAGCUUUGUGAAAGGUUGGGGACAGUGCUACACCAGACAAUUCAUCAGUAGCUGCCCAUGCUGGUUGGAAGUUAUCUUCAACACGCGAUAGCAGCAGCCUUUCUCUUCUUCACCCUCCUGGCCUCUUCUGCCCCCCUCACAAACAGACUACACCCACUUUCCUUUUUUGUUCCAGAGGUUCAAACAGAGAAAAAAAAGAACGUUUUAAAAGAAGAAGAAGAAAGUAUACGAUUCUGACGGACUUUGUUUAAUAAAUGACUAAGAUUUAAUUAAAUAAAAUAAGAAGCGAAAAA